AUGCACACAUUCUAUUUGCCCAUUGGCGAAGCCACCAUCACGUUGCAGGACGUGGAGGUCAUGUAUGGGCUGCCCGUUGAUGGACACCCCGUUGCUAUGCCGCAUGCCAUGAGAGAGCAGACAGGUUUGCAGUACCUGGACAUACUGCAACGGCUCACCGGUUUACAGCCACCGGAGGAGACUGCACUGGUUGGGGCCAGUCGUCUGCAGUUGACGACUGUCCGACAACAUUUGGAGGCAUUGCACCCUGACAUCACAGACGAUACACCGGAGCUUCAUAUUCACUGGUACACGAGGUUGCUGCUACUCCUUAUGUUUGGAGGGGUUUUGUUCCCGAACUCUUCGGGGAACCUAGUAAGCUUGAGAUUUCUUCAUCAUCUUGAGCGGCUAAAUGAUUUACCCCAGUACAACUGGGGUGUUGCUGUUCUCGGCUACUUGUACAUGCAGAUGUGCCGGGCGAGCAUGGGCACCCAGCGUGACGUUGCUAGAUUGUUGCCGCUGCUACAGUUCAUUUGGAGGCCAUACAACGAUGAGCUAAUAGCUGGUUUGCCCGAUUAUUGCUCGGUCAACCAAAUUAUGUGGAGCUCUUCCAUCCCGUUAAUGUUCCUUGAUAUUGUGGAGCAUCAUGCCACCGAGCGAGUACUUCGCCAGUUUGGCCGCCCGCAGCUUAAGAAACAACUGGAAAGGGCGCUAAAAUUGCUCCAUCCUGUGCAGAAGAAACAACUAAAAUGGCGUGCAGAAUUGAAAAUAUCGGCUCCUAAGGUCACGAGUUCGAGCCGUGGAAUCGGUCACUGA